GUGAGGACUAGUUCAGUAUGAUGAUGCGCACUCCUCUAGCAGGGAACUUUCGUACCUGUGCUGCCGAGGCCCACUGUCACGUGUCCGCCCGCGAAGUAUGAGCCAUACCGCCUUUCUUCAGCACUCUGCUUCAAGCCGCGAGAGAAGGGAAUCAAAACUCAAAAGCCAGUGAUGCAGUUUGGAAUUGGUGGCUUGGGCUGUAGCUGAUUCCAGAACGAUCAAGCCCCACAAGCCACAUACUUACCUCACAAAUUUUGCAACCAGUGAUCCGUGCUUAUGGGCAUGAUUUUCUUGAAAACGGCAAGGAGCACCUGGCAGUGCUGAGCGGUCGAAAGCUUAAUUGGCUUCCCUUGACAAAUGCGGAAAUAUCUGACUCUCCUACUAGAAGCUUGAAUAAAGAAUAGCGAACAAAACUCUGGGGACCAUCGCAUCUCGGAGUGCUAUUAAGCAUUGCCGCAAAAUCCAUUCCUUCCCUGAUCUUCGAAAAUUGGUCGUUCCCUGGCGUUCCACUUUUUACCCCCUAAUCACAUCCAAGACCUCUUUUCCUGAUUCCAACCAAACUCUGAAGCCAUUCAACAAAUCUGUUUCAUUCUCGGUAUAUUUUUACUACGAUCUUUGUCGUUCACUACAAUUAUCUUUAAAACGUUGUUGGACUCAAUGCUAUCAUAUUUGGCCGUUGUGCAACAUGGGAAUCAACAGCAGAGACUUCCUAACUGGGGAGUGGAUACUUCUCGCUCUUUGCUUCGUCAUUAUAUCUGCUCGAUUGGCAGUACGCACGUGGAAGAAGAUAUGGUCAUUUUGGCUAUCCGAUGUCUUUCUCCUAAUCUCUCUCUUGUUCUUUCUUAUCCUUGUCGUUGGUGAUACCUAUACAUUAUCGAUAGGUAAAAGCGCGUUCGUUGAGGAGUACUACGAUGAAGGAUUUGCAAAAUGGAAAUUCGCCAGUUCAGUCGUCUUCGAUCUAGGCUUUUACUUCCCACGGUUCAGUCUAUUAGCCUUUUACAAUGAGCUUUUCUCUGAAUCCGAAAAGAGGUUACGAUUGUGUCUCUACCUCGUUACGGCCUACGCCACUUGUGCGUUUAUUGCAACCCUAUUUAUGGACAUAUUCUGGUGUGGCACUGAUGUAUCUAGAAAUUGGUCUGAUGCGAACGCCACUUGUACAUUGGUUAAUAGUUCGGAGCCCAUGUACGUUGCCUGGUCAAUUGGUAUUAUUUCCGAGCUGUUCGAUCUCGUUGGGUCAACAGAAAUCGCCACCCAGAUCACUGUCAUUGCGCUACCAGCAUUGCGCCCAUUGCUCGGCUUUUUUUCCGUUGGCUGGAGUAGAUGCUCCCGUAACAGGUCACAAUCCCGCAACAAGCGACCGCUCCAUGGCACACAACAACAAAACCAACAAGCAUAUGGUACGUCUGGUAGCGUCAAAGGCAGCGAAGGGGCUCUUAUAUCCGUCAAUAAGCCCUUGGAUGGGUGCAACACGAGGACAGGGUUGGUGUGAUGAUUUGAUUCGUGAAGAGAGGUAUGCUUACAGCUGCCAACCACGAUAAGUUUUCAAGCGAAGCCUUCAGACAGCACUAAGGCGAUCACGAAUAGCCUCAAAGAACAAACAGUUCCGACUAGAGGAGGAUCAUCUAUACGCGACGGAAGGCAAAUGGUGGUCCAAUAGCAGCUUGAUGAGGUUGCCUAGGGCCUGGGCCGUAGUCAAGGCUGCAGGUGUGAAGUAAUUACACGCACGCGUUCCACAAACAACCUCGGGAGUCUACUUUGACCACGGUGCUUAUCCCACAACAGUCCUUCAUACUCUACGGAGGACUAAUGACAUACGACUGUCCUAAUAACACUUUCGCUGGCCAGGCCGACUAGUAAUUAUGUACAGGGAAGUCACCAUUUUAUUGGUCAACCAAAUUCUUCGAAGUUCAAUAGCACUG